GAGUUUGCUGGGGAUACCGAAUGCCGGAGUUAUUUCAUUCAUGGCUAGCUGCAGCCUAUUGACUGGUGCACCUCUUUCUUGCCUGCGGUCCCCUUCGUCUAAUUCCCGUUGAUAGCCGGAAUUCCGGCCGUACAUCAGGCCGUGGCCGUAAUUCGGGCCUGAAUUUUAGGAGCUAUGGCGCGGCCCGCGGAGAUUUUUCCGCCGCUUUUGGACCGUUUGAACACGCCGCACCCGUCCGUGCAGCGGUUCACAGUUGACGCGAUAUUCGCGCGAUUCGCGGCGCCAAGCACGGCGCCUCAGACCUGCACGCCCGCGCGCGACGCGCUGACGGCGUGCCUGACGCAUGCCACGUCAGCAGUGGUGGACCAAUCAGUGACGGCGCUUUGCGGGCUCGUCCAAUCAGGGCACUGCAAGGCGGAUGAAGCGCUGGCGCAUCUGCUGGCGGCGCUGCCAGCGAAGCAGCAGGAAGGCGAGAGGGAGGGGGGGGGAGGGAAGGAGUGGAGGGGGGGGCGAGGAGGCGAGGUGCAAUGGCGGUGGACUUGGAGCACGCACCCUUUCACACGUCUAUUGGAGACACGAGACGAGACACAUCUCCCCCUGCUUCACCACCUCGCUCUCCUCCUCCUCUCCCCUCCUCCUCUCUCCUCCACCCCCACGGCCACCACCAAGAGUAGCAGCUCUAGCAAUAAAAGCAUCACCACUGGCACAAGAAAUGCCAGGAGCAGCGGCAGCAGCACUACCACCAUAAGCAACACCAGCAGCACCAAACCAAGCAACAGUGCCAGCAGCAGCAGUGACCGCGCUCUCCUCUUCUCCUCUCUCCUCCCGUUCCUCUGCCGCGCACUCCUCCCCGCCCCUUCCCCUCCCUCCCGCCUCCGCUUCAAAGCUGCUCUCCACACGCGAUUGGUCCACAUGGCGGCCACGUCAGCAGACCUCUUCCAGCCAAUCACGGGGCUGUUGGUGUCGCUGCUUCCGUGGCACAUGCUGUCGUCAGCAGCCGAUCGGGAGACCAUGCUGGCAUGUACGGGCGACCUCAUGGACCUGGCCUAUGCCGUGGCACCUUUAAAGGACAUGCAAGAAGCACAGAGCCAGAUCUACCACCACUCCCAAACCCUUCACACCGAAUCCAUCCCCAACCAACACGUGCAUGCACUUGCUUCCCUCUCGAGCCGCCUCUCUGCCUGUGCUCUUGCCCUUUCCCUCGAGCUGCAAGCUGCGGGCAGCAACAGUGCCGCUGGUGCUGCUGGUGCUGGUGCUGGUGCUGCACCCACUGCCGCCUCUGCUGCUGCUGGGUUGGCCUCUUCCCUCUUCCUCAUUCAGAAAGCCUCGCUGCUGCGGGCGCGAAUUGAAGCACAGAUAUGGGAGCAGAAGAGAGAAGAGGAGGAAGAGGCAGUGAGAGGGGGUAGGGGGGAGACGAGAAGAGAAGGGGAAGGCGUGGAGGAGGGUAGGGUGGAGCAAACCAGAGAGCGAGCAGACGAGGUGGAAGUACUUGGGUUGAUGCGCCUGCUGCUGUGUGGGCUUCCAGCGGACGAAGAGCACGCCACUGUGCUGGCAGUUCUGCAGCAGAGCCUCACUAGACUCUCUCUCUCUAGACACACUAGGCUCAAAGGUGCUGCUGACUCGGGUGAUGAUGACAUAAGACUCUGCAUUCCGCUUCUGCUGCUCCCCCUCCUCCACCUCCUCUCCUUCCCCUCGCCGUCUCUCAAGCUGUCCGCAGCACAUGCAAUCAACGCCUGCCUUGCUGCCACUGCAAGUCGGCCUCUCUUCUCACAGCAGCAGCAGCAGCAGCAGCAGCAGGCAAUGCUCGGUAACCAGCAGCAGUUGUGGCUCGUACGGCAGCAGCAGCAGCAGUGGAGGCAUCCUGACCUCUGGCACAUGCACCAGUUUGCUCAACUCUUUAUCUGCUUGACCUCUCACUCUCGCUUCAAGAACCAUCCAAUCGCCUCUCCCCAAUGGCAGCCCGGCACGUGGCACUCGCCAGAAACCUGGGCCAAUGAGCCCGUGCCACGUCAGCAUGAGCAUAUCGGUUCUGCUCCUGGAGUAGACAUGGACGACACAGCAGCUGACGUGGCAGGCUCUCAGGCGGUCAUUAACAGAAGGGGAGAGCAUGGGUGCCACGUGUCAGGCUCUGAUAGGUGGCUGGUAGCGCUGCAGCAGCAACUGAUUCAGAUCCGGAAAGAGACAGUGAGAAAGGCAGGGAGAGAGACGUCAGCCGGCAGCGGCUUGAGUCAAUCCCUCAUCCUCUCACUUGCUGCCCUCCUCCUCCCUCUCUCCACCCUGCACCACCCCUCCCCAUCCCUCCGCUCCUCCUCCCUCCUUGCCCUCUCCCGCCUUGCCUCCUGUGAGCCUCUCUGGGCGCUCUCACUGCUGCCACCUGUCCUCUGGAGCUUGAGCCACGUGGCACAGGGAGGGGCUAGGGGGAAGGGAGAGGCCUGUCUUCAAGUGCUGUGUGUGCUGCCAAGCCUUGCGAGGCACUGGCUGGCAGCUGGCCCCGUGGUGCAAGUCCUGACAAAGCUUGCCGGCCAGAAGUCCCGCCCUCUCCUUGCAUCCGUCGCUCUGCGUCUCCUCCAGCAAGCGUGGGCCAUCACGGACCGCAUCUUCCCCUCGCUGCAGCCGCUGCUGCUGCCUCAGUCGCUCUCCACUCCCAGCACUGGCAGAAUAGACCCAAGGAGGGAUGCAGCGUCAGAGGCGGUGGUGCUGGCAGCAGCGGCGAGCAUACGCGGCGUGUGUCGCCACGACACGGAUCGGGCCGUGCGGCUGGUGCUGUCAGUGCAGGCGGCCAUUGAGUCGCGGCAUCCUUUGGUUGCCGCAUUCGGACUGGACGCCCUUGCGGCUCUCUGUGCCGCCGAUGCUGUGGAUUUCUUCACAGCAUGGAAAGUCGUCGCCAGAUCACACCCCUCCCUGCCCACCCAUCCAAUCACGGCCGCGUGUUGGUGCCACCUGCUGCAAUCCGCUGCUCUCGAUGCCGCCGCCUAUCCCGACGCGACACGUGGCAUCAUGGAGGGGCUGUGGGAAGCUGCCAGGAAAGGGAGGGAGGAGGGGGAGGUGAUUGAGGAAAGGAGUGGGGGAAGAAGGGGAGAGGAAGAGUGGAGGCAGACCCGUGCUUCUGCCUACACUGCACUAGCUGCUUUCUCGGUUGAUGACGUCACUGACGCAUGGCCCUACCCCAGUACCCACCUCGUACAAGCCUACCUCUCAGAGCCCUGUCCCUCCGUCCGCCAAGCCAUGCAGCCCCUGCUCGCCAAGCUCGCACACUACCAGCACAGAACCCGCCCCAGGGGUCGAUCGGCCAUCAAAGCAGCAGCGGCUGGAGGAGGAGAGGGAGCGGGAGGUGACAUGGCAUCUGCUGCCACGUCAUCUGGCGCGCCUGGUGCUGCCACGUGGCGCUCGAACAAGCUCUUGGCCGCCCUGCCCCGAUUGCUGUGUCCGGAGAGCUUUGGAGGGAGAAAGGGGAAAGAUGGACUAGAUGUACCUGCUGCCGCCUUGCUCCUAGUGCCGCCGCCACCACCAGAGCUACCGGCACCACCAUCUGCCACGUCAGCUCCAGCUCAGUCCACGUCAACACGGAGCAGAAGUACCGCUGGCAGCGCCAGGCAGGCACGGCUGAACCUUGAGAAGGCUCUCAAGGAACGAGACUCGCACUUCCACCGCAUCUUCCUGGAAGCGUCCCAGUUGCUGGGCCGCCCGGCCUUCUACCCGCUGGUGCUCUCGUCCCUCGCCGCCUGGACGCACUUCAUGCGCCAAUGGUACCGCGCCAGGUGCCGCCUGCUGCACGCUACAGCCGCCGCUACAGCCGGCGCUGCUACAGCGGCUGCUGGCCCUACUGCGGGUGGUGCCGCUGGUGUUACUGCUGGUACGGCGGCUGCCGCUACUGCAGCAGAAUCAGCAGGAAGGGCCAGAGGGGGAGGAGGAGACGCAGCGACAGCAGCAGCAGUGGGGCUAUGGGAGGUGGUGACUGGAGGGCUGGAGAGCGGCGUUCCAGUGGAGGCUGAGAACAGCGCGCUCGCCCUGGCUGCUCUCUGCCAAGCUCUGCCGCCCUCCCUGCACCGCCUUGUUGCUGGGUGGGCGUUUGCGCUGGCGUUGGGUGCUGUGGGGGGGUGCCUUCACCCCACGGAUGCUCACAUGCGCCUCAGGAUAGCCAUUCUGCUGACCAAGGAGUCGACAGCUCUCUCCGCUUUGCAGCUGCUGUCUCCCUCGGGACCAUCGCAGCGAGCCAGGUGGCGCUCUCCCAUUCGUCGGCUGCAGAAGGCGGCAGCAGCAGCGUUGGCAGGGGCGCUGACUCAGCAGCAUCUGCAGCAGCAGCAGCAGCAACGGUACGAACGCUCUGCGCCGUGAUUGGUCGGUCCUCCCCCCAGUCUCUCGAGGAUCUGGCGCAGGUUCUGUGGAAGCUUCCUGGGGAGAUGGGCCGGGCGGUUACUGUAG